AGAAGAGGAAGCAGAAGAAGCAGAAGAAAAGGGAAAAAGUGCUGUUUGUAUUUGUGUUAAACAGGAAAGAUUAGGUUUACAGCGGUGUGAAUUAAUUGAUUAAAGAGCCGGAGGCGGCAGGAACCUGUCGAUCAUAUUGAUCUGAGAUGUACUACUAUCGCUAUGAGAACGCUGAGGUCAGCUGCUGCUACAAGUACCUGAUGUUCAGCUACAACAUCAUCUUCUGGCUGGCUGGAGCCGCCUUCAUCGCGGCAGGGUUCUGGGCUUGGAGUGAGAAGGGAAUCCUGUUAGACCUGACCCAGGUGACCCGGCUGCACGGUUUCGACCCGGUCUGGCUGGUCCUGGCGGUCGGCGGCAUCACCUUCACUCUGGGUUUUGCGGGCUGCGUGGGAGCUCUGAGAGAAAACAUCUGUCUGCUGAAGUUUUUUUCAGGCGUCAUCGGCCUGAUCUUCUUCCUGGAGCUGACGGCGGCGGUGCUGGCCGUGGUUUUUCAGAGUCAGGUCCGACAAUGGCUCAACGAGUUCUUCCUGCAGAACAUCAGAGGCUACAGAGACGACAUCGACCUGCAGAACCUCAUCGACUCUCUGCAGAAGAUGAACCACUGCUGCGGGGCUCAGGGCCCAGUUGACUGGGAUCUGAAUGUGUACUUCAGCUGUAACGGGACUCAUCGCAGCAGAGAGAAGUGUGGGGUUCCGUUUUCCUGCUGCACCACUGAUCCUGGCGAGUUGGUGGUGAACACUCAGUGUGGCUACGAUGUGAGGAACAGACAACCGAGAGAGUGGGAGGAACAUAUCUACACGAAAGGGUGCAUUCCAGCUCUGGAAGACUGGUUACCAGGAAAUCUUUACACUGUGGCUAUCGUGUUCAUCGUCAUCUCCCUGCUGCAGAUGGUGGGGAUCUACCUGGCCAAGACUCUGAUCGCCGACAUCCACAAGGUCAAAUUCAGGCACUGACAUAUCCACCUGCAGGGGUUCGGAGCUCAUACCAGGUGUCAUUGGACCACGUUUCCUCAGACGUGCCUUCUCUUCACCCCAUCAGUGCAUUCUUCGUCCACUGAUAUGGUUGCUAUGGUAACCGAAAAGCGUGGCCUCUGUUUGUUUCAGAAUGUUGAUUUAUGUUGUUUUAUUGUGUAUAUACACCAGACUGCCUUCACUUUUCCUGUCGUUCACAUUAAGUCCUGUUUAUCAAACCGCUGUGGCCUGAUUGGCCGUUUACUGCUCAGUGCCUCUUCAUCAUCAUCAUCAGAUUAAGUCAGGUGUUUUUCUGCUUUAGUUUUGUUUAACAUUACUAACUCAAAGUUUUUUCCCUCCAAUAAUCAGUUAAUCAUCAAACUGCUGCAGUUUGAAAAAAAAAAAGAAAUAAAAAACUGAACAGAUCAAUCCU